AUGGAUAAUAGAAAAGUCUUGGUUGCCAAACAAUCAGUAGGAAGAAAAAAGAAAAUAUCUUUUCAGGAUUUUGAAGUUGAUAAAAAGAAACAAGCCGACUCCUCAAAUGUUAUUAUUCCUACCAAAAAAAAUGUCUUUUCAAAUUCUAGAAAAAAAUCGGUUGUUGAUGUGAAUUCUAAUAUUCUUAUAGAAAAAAAAAUUCCUUCAAAUCCUAGAAAGAAAAUUGGUACUGAUGUAGAUUUUAUUAUUUCUACCCAAAAAAAUAUUUCCUCAAAUCGUAAAAAAAAAGCUGACACAGACGUGGAUUUUAUUAUUCCUUUAAAAAAAAACGUUCUCUCAAAGCCUAGAAAGAAAGAUAAUGCUGAUUUUUUUAUUCCUACUAAAAAAGACGAUUUUUCAAACCCUAGAAAGAAAACUAGUACUGAUGUAGAUUUUAUUAUUCCUAACAAAAAAAAGGUUUCUUUAAAGUCUAGAAAGAAAGAUGCUGUUGAUGUAGAUUUUCUUAUUCCUGCACCAAAAAAUGUUUCUUCAAACACUGGAAAAAAUGUAGUUACUGACGUAGAUUUUAUUAAUUCUACUAAAAAAAAAGUUUCUUUGAAUAAAAGAAAGAAAGAUGGUGCUGAUGCAGAAAUUAUUAUUUCUACUAAAAAAAACUCUACUUCCAAUUCUAGAAAAAAAUCUGGUGCUGAUGUAGAUUUUAUUACUCCUACUAAAAAAACAGUUUCUUCAAAUCAAAGAAAGAAAGAUGGUGCUGAUACAGAAAUUAUUAUUUCUAAUAAAAAAAACACUACUUCCAAUUCUAGAAAAAAAUCUGGUGCUGAUGUAGAUUUUAUUAUUCCUACUAAAAAAACAGUUUCUUCAAAUCAAAGAAAGAAAGAUGGUGCUGAUGCAGAAAUUAUUAUUUCUACUAAAAAAAACGCUACUUCCAAUUCUAGAAAAAAAGCUAGUGCUGAUGUAGAUUUUAUUAUUCCUACCAAAAAAAGAGUUUCUUCAAAUCAAAGAAAGAAAGAUGGUGUUGAUGCCGAAAUUAUUAUUUCUACUAAAAAAAACGCUACUUCCAAUUCUAGAAAAAAAGCUAGUGCUGAUGUAGAUUUUAUUAAUCCCAUCAAAAAAAAUAUUCUUUUAAAUUCUAGAAAAAAAUCGAGUACUGAUGCAGAAAUUAUUAUUCCUACCAAAAAAAACGCUACUUCCAAUUCUAGAAAAAAAGCUGGUGCUGAUAUAGAUUUUGUUAUUCCCACCAAAAAAAAUAUUCCUUCAAACCCUAGAAAGAAAGCUGGUGCUGAUGUAGAUUUUUUUAUUCCUACCAAAAAAAGAGUUUCUUCAAAUUCUGUAAAUAAAGUUGGUGCUGAUGCAGAAAUUAUUAUUUCUACAAAAAAAAACGCUACUUCCAAUCCUAGAAAAAAAGCUGGUGCUGAUAUAGAUUUUAUUAUUCCCACCGAAAAAAAUAUUGCUUCAAACCCUAGAAAGAAAACUGUUGCUGAUGUAGAUUUUAUUAUUUCUAGCAAAAAAAGAGUUUUUUCAAAUCCUGUAAAUAUAGUUGGUGCUGAAGUAGACCUUAUUAUUCCUACCAAAAAAAGAGUUUCUUCAAAUCCUGUAAAUAAAGUUUGUGCUGAUACAGAAAUUAUUAUUUCUACUAAAAAAAACGCUACUUCCAAUCUUAGAAAGAUAGCUAGUGAUGAUAUAGAAUUUAUUAAUCCUAUCAAAAAAAAUAUUCCUUUAAAUUCUAGAAAAAAGACGAGUACAGAUGUAGAUUUUGUUAUUCCUACCAAGAAAAAAGUUUCUUUAAAUCCUAUAAAUAAAGUUGGUGCUGAUGCAGAUUUUAUUAUUUCUACCAGUGAAAAUGUUUCUUCAAAUCUUAAAAAGAAAGCUGGUGCUGAUGUAGAUUUUUUUAUUCCUACCAAAAAAAGAGUUUCUUCAAAUUCUGUAAAUAAAGUUGGUGCUGAUGCAGAUAUUAUUAUUUCUACUAAAAAAAACGCUACUUUCAAUCCUAGAAAAAAAACUGGUGUUGAUGUAGAUUUUAUUAUUUCCACCGAAGAAAAUAUUCCUUCAAAUCUUAGAAAGAAAUCUGGUGCUGAUGUAAAUUUUAUUAUUCCUACCAAAAAAAGAGUUUCUUCAAAUCCUGUAAAUAUAGUUGGUGCUGAUGUAGACCUUAUUAUUCCUGCCAAAAAAAAUAUUCCUUUAAAUUCGAGAAAAAAGGCGAGUACCGAUGUAGAUUUUAUUAUUCCUACCAAAAAAAGAGUUUCUUCAAAUCCUGUAAAUAUAGUUGGGGCUGAUGUAGAUUUUAUUAUUCCUACCAAAAAAAAUAUUUCUUCAAACCCUAGAAAGAAGGCUGGUGCUGAUGUAGACAUUAUUAUUUCUACCAAAAAAAGAGUUUCUUCAAAACAAAGAAAGAAAGAUAGUGCUGAUGUAGAUUUUAUUAUUCCUACCGAAAAAAAUAUUCCUUUAAAUUCUAGAAAAAAGGCGAGUACUGAUGUAGAUUUUACUAUUCCUACCGAAAAAAAAGUUUCUUCAAAUCCUAUAAAAAAAGUUGGUGCUGAUGCAGAUUUUAUUAUUUCAACCAGUGAAAAUGUUUCUUCAAAUCUUAGAAAUAAAAUGGGUACUGAUGUAGAUUUUAUUUUUACUACCAAAAAAAAUAAUUCUUUAAAUCCUAUAAAGAAGGCGGGUGCUGAUGCAGAUUUUAUUAUUCCAACUGAAAACACUAUUCCUACGAAUUCUAGAAAAAAAGUGGGUACUGAUGCAGAUAUUAUUAUUCACACGGAAAAAAAUAUUCCAUCAAAUUUUAGAAAGAAAGCAGCUGCUCCUGAUGUAGAUUUUUUUAUUCCUGCCAAUAAAAAUGUUUCUUUAAACCUUAUGAAGAAUACUGGUUCUAAUGUAGAUUUUAUUAACUCCACCAAAAAAAAUGUUUUUUCAAAUCUUAUAAAAAAUACUGGUGCUGAUGAAGAUUUUAUUAUUCCUACCAAUAAUAAUGUUUCUUCAAAUCCUAUAAAGAAAGUGGACUCUAACAAAAGUUAUAUUUUUCCUACCAAAGAAAAAAUUCUUUCAGAUAUUAGAAAGGAAAUGAACGCUGACAUACAUUUUAAGAAUUUUAUUAAAAAAAAUAAUCUUUUAAAAAAUAAAAAGAAUGUGGACAAUAACAUAUAUAUUAUUUAUUCUACCAAAACAGAUAUUCCUUUAAACUCAAAAGAAAAAGAGGUUACUGAUUUAAAUGUUACUAAUUUUUCAAAAAAAAAUGUUUCAGCAAUUCCUAUAGAUAACAGGAGCACUAAUUUGAAUGUUAUUUGUUCUACCAAAAAUAAUGUUCCUUCAAACAUUGGAGAAAAAGUAGGUACUAACAUAAAUGUUAUUAAUUUUUCAAAAGAAAAUGAUUCUUCAAACCCAAGAAAGAAAGCGGGUACUGAUGUAGAUUUUACUAUUCCUACCAAAAGAAAUGAUCCUUUAAAUUCUAGAGAGAAAGAGGAUGAUAACACAGAUGUUAUUAUUCUUACAGAAAAAAAUGUUCUACCAAACUCUAGAGAAAAAGUCGCUUCUGACAUAAAAGUUUUUAAUUCUACCGAAAAAAAUGUUUUUUCAAGUUAUGAAGAGAAAGUUGAUUCAGACAUAUUUGUCAUUUAUCCUACCAAAAAAAAUGUUUCAUUAAAUUCUGAAGAGAUAAAGGAUACUGAUGUAAACAUUAUUCAUUCUACCGAAAAAAAUGUUUCUCAAAAUUCUGGAGAGAAAGUGUGUACUGACGAAAACGUUAUUAUUCCUACAAAAACAUAUGUUCUUUCAAAGCUUAAAGAUAAAGUGUGUACUAACAAAAAUGUUAAAAAAGUAACAUAUGAAAAUCUAAUUUAUAUUCUUGAUUGUUAUGGACUUAUAAAUCCUCUAAAACAGUUUGGAUUCCCUUUCGAGAUUAUAGUUGAUAUUCUAGAGAUUUAUUUACUUGAAAAUUAUGAAAUAACUUCAUUUCCUUUAUGUGGUUAUACUAUUGAACUAAUUCUUGUUCUUGUAAGAGGAAAUGGACCUUAUAGAUUUGAUAACUUAGAAAUUGUUCUUCAAAUGAUUUUAAAAGAUUACAUGGAUAAUUUUUUAAAUGCAUAUGAUAGAACUGUUGUUUUGAAAUCUGUUGAAAAAGAAUUGGCUGAAAUUUUUGAUCAUCCUUUAAAUUUUAAAUGCAGAAGAUUGUUAAUGGCAAUUAUUAUUUUUUAUGCUAUACAUCCUGAUUAUGACCCUAAUUAUAAAGUGUCAAAUCAAAAUCUUGUUGAAAAAAUUUCAUAUGUUGCUAUUUUUUACAAUUUCGUUCCAUUAUAUAAAGCUAACAUUUGUGAAAAUAUUUCAGAAGAAAGAGUUUAUGCAUUAAGAAUGAUGGCUAAAAGUUUUAUUGAAACAUAUUGCCGUAAAGAAGAUUAUGAUAAAUUACCUUUUGACAAAAAUUAUCUUAAUCCAUUUUUCUCAAUGUUUAUUAGAUGUUUUGGAUUUAUUACAAAAGAAACAAUUCGCUAUAUUGAGGUAGAUAAUUAUAGUCGAGAGGAGUGUACAAAAAAGGUUCAAAAUGCUGCAUUAGUUGGUAGUCAUUCUUUAUUUUAUUUAUUUGAAAUGAUAAAAAGUAGACAUAUGGAUCAACUUUUAAUAGAGUCAGAGUUAUAUUCAGUCUUAGAGGAAGUAACAAGAAUGUCCAGAUUAAUUUUUUUUAACAAUUUAUAUACAGAAAAGUUAAGAAAAAUUGUUUUUCCUGUUCAUAUCAAAAAUAUAUUUGGUUCGUUUGCUAGUCUUGAAUAUACUGCUUGUUCUACUGCUCGAAAUAGAGGAUGUGAUAAAUUCUUUAUGUUACAAGUCGAAACAUGGCAAGAAAUCAUGAAUUUUAUUGUCGAUUAUAAUAAAAGAAAAAGAAAACAUUAUGACGAUGAUCCUUUUGAUAUUAAAGAAUUCAUUGAUCCUAAUAUUGAUAAAUAUUUUAAAGAACUUUAUGAAGAGUAUAAAAUGGAUACACAGCUUAACACUGAAAAAUGA